AUGGGGGAUAACGUCAGAGCUUUGCUGGAGGGUGCGCAAGAGGGGACCGUCUGGGAGUGCGGGGCGCAGCAGUACGUGCUCGAGAAGGUUGUCGGGAAUGGCGCCUUUGGCAUCGUGUGGCGGGCCCGGUCGGCCGACGGCGAGGUGGUCGCGAUCAAAAAGGCCCUGCUGAGCCGCACGCGGCGGCUCGCGCUGGGUUUGAGUUGGCUCGUGGAGCACGAGCACAUCAUCCGGCUGCGCUGCUUCUUCGAGAAGUCCGGCCGGCGCAAGGACGAGACCUACCUCCACCUCGUGAUGGACUACCUUCCCGAGACACUCCGUGGCCUCGUCCUGCAGCACAAUAAGCGCCGCCGCCGCUUCGACAUCGGUCACCCCGACAACCUCCUCGUCGACCCGAGCACCCUGCAGUGCAAGCUCUGCGACUUCGGCUGCUCCAAGACCCUCGUGGCGGGCACACCAAACGUCUCGUACAUCUGCUCGCGCUACUACCGUGCCCCCGAGCUGCUCUUCGGCGCGAGCGAGUACAGCGUUGCGGUGGACGUCUGGUCGGUGGGCACGAUCUUGGUGGAGCUGCUGCUGGGCCACCUCCCCUUCCAAGGCCAGGACUCGACGCAGCAGCACCUCGACGAGCUCCGCUCCAUGAACUCGAGCCUCACCGCCGACGAGCUGCCAAAGCUCAAGCCCUUCCCCUGGGACCGCAUCUUUCCAACCUCGACCGAGCCCCUGGCAGCGCAGCAGCUCCUUUGCUACGACCCAGCGCGCCGCCUCGACGCGGCGGCCACCCUUGCGCACCCCUUCUUCGCCGACGGCAAGGUGCUCCCGCUCUCCGACGGCGGCAGCGGCAGCCCCACCACGCCGGUGGGGGCACGGGGCGCCUCCUCGCCCAAAGGGGUUGCGGCGGCCGCCGAGUGGGAGGGACGGCUCCGGCGCUACUACACGGCGCUCGCCUCGCGCGCAUGCGAGCUCGAGCAGGUGCCUGCUGUUUUGGAGCGGCGCCUCAAACGCGCCGCCCAAAAGGGGCUGGACGAGGCGCGGCUGCCGGAGGUCGCCGUCGAGAUCGCGCACGAGGAGAUCGCCGCCGUCCUGCGAGACCGGGAUGAGGCGGUUCAAGGCGUGCACCGAAGGCUGCUCUUUGAGGCAGGCCAGCUGCAGGUGGAGCUUCCCCUGGUGACGCCAGACUCCGCUGCCGCCUCCGCCGCCGCUGAUGCGGAAGCCGCAUCGCUUUUGCAGCAGCUGACAGACGUGCGGAAGGCGGCGGAGGCGUCCGCAGGCGUUGCGGCGGCGGAGAAGGCACGGCUGCUUGCGCUCAUCAACGAGGCGCGCGAGCAGCUCGCCGCACCGCCCGCCACGCCGGACCCCGCCGCGUCGCCGGCCGACGUGUUGAUGGGGGGGGUGCGCCGGACUAGCUUGACGAGCGGUGGCGUCGGCGCCGCUGCGGCGCGGAUUGGCGGCGCGGCGGCGGCCUCUCCCGUCUGUCCUCGGGGCGACCCUUCGCCGGGCGGGCUUCCGAUCCGCGUGCAGACUGAUCAUUUCGGCUCGGUGACGCCAGCUGGGGGGAAAUGAUCAGAGGUGGAGGGGAGGGGGGAGCUUCGGGGGGGCGGGGGCGAGGGCGGGGCCGCACGCAGGCGUUUUGCCUUGAGCGGGAGCGCAUGGGCAUGCCCACGGUCUUGUGU